GCCUCCCUGUGCCCGCGCCCCUCCCUCCUCUUCCCUCUCCACCACCAUGUAGGCAAGCGGGCCCCCUUCCCCUUUUCGCAUGGAGCAGCUUCCUUGACGUCAGACCUAUGAAUAUUGCACGAAGAAGCCGGCUGGCGAGAGCGACGGCUGGCGGCAGCGCUCGAUGUAGGCAAGGCGGGCCCUUCGCCGGAGGGGAGUGCGCCGGGCACGAGGAGGCGCUGAUCGCCGCCGCCGCUUUGGAGAAGGAGGCCGCCCGGCGCCUGCUGGCCGACAGGGGCGCCGCGGGAGCCGGAGGACUAGCGGCAGUCCGGCCGGCCAGCGCCGGUGGCGGUGGCGGCGACGGCCAAGCGGGCUUCUUGCUGCUGCUGCCGCCCCGAGAGGAGGAGGUUGUGGGCUGCGCGCUGCUCCCGCACCGGGAGGUGGCCCCGGGGGGAUGUGACAUCAGCGCCGCCGCCAGGCAGUGGGGCAGGAGAGGGGGACGGCUGCCCGGCAGCGCCGCCGCGGUCGCGCACUCGCUGCCGCCCGCUCCGGCUGCGCGUCUCCUGCCCGCGCCGUCCAGCAUGUCUGCGAAAGAGAGGCAGAAAAGCAAAGUGGUCAAGGAGAGCGUCACGCUGUUGCCUUGUUUUUAUUUCGUCGAGUUGCCCAUUCUGGCAUCUUCUGUGGUUAGCCUCUAUUUCCUUGAGUUGACGGAUGUCUUCAAGCCGGUUCACUCUGGAUUCAGUUGCUAUGACAGGAGUCUCAGUAUGCCAUACAUCGAACCUUCACAAGAGGCUGUUCCUUUCCUGAUGUUGCUCAGUUUGGCUUUUGCGGCACCUGCCAUUACGAUCAUGGUGGGCGAAGGAAUUCUGUACUGCUGCCUUUCAAAACGUCGGAACGGCAUAGGAGCCGAGGCCAAUAUCAAUGCGGGAGGCUGCAACUUCAACUCUUUCCUUAGGAGAGCCGUCCGAUUUGUUGGUGUCCACGUCUUUGGCCUUUGUGCCACAGCUCUCAUCACUGACAUCAUACAGCUGUCAACUGGGUAUCAAACGCCAUAUUUCCUGACUGUAUGCAAGCCUAACUAUACAUCACUCAAUGUAUCCUGCUCAGAAAAUUCUUACAUUGUGGAGGAUAUUUGCUCAGGAACCGAUCCCAUCAUCAUCAACGAUGGAAGAAAGUCAUUCCCUUCGCAACAUGCCACCCUGGCAGCAUUUGCAGCUGUGUAUGUUUCGAUGUACUUCAAUUCCACAUUAACCGACUCCUCUAAACUUCUGAAACCGCUUCUAGUAUUCGCAUUUAUCAUCUGCGGGAUUAUAUGUGGACUGACUCGCAUCACCCAGUACAAAAACCACCCAGUUGAUGUUUACUGUGGCUUUUUAAUUGGAGGCGGAAUUGCCCUGUACUUGGGCCUGUAUGCUGUGGGGAACUUCCUGCCGAGCGAAGACAAUAUGUUCAACCAGAACCCACAGAGAGAACCGUUAAGGUCUUUGACUGACCUGAGCCAAGAUCCCAGUAGAAUUUUACCAGGGAAAAAUGGAAGCGGCAACGACAUCAUCCCCCCUCACCAUGCUGAGAGUAUGUUAAACAGGAACCACAGGGACACUGGUUCCCUGACCAACCUCAAAAGGGCAAAUGCCGACGUGGAAAUUAUAACACCACGAAGUCCGAUGGGGAAGGAGAACAUGGUGACUUUCAGCAACACGCUGCCGAGAGCCAACACGCCUGCAAUGGAAGAGUCAGCUCGCCGGAACGCAACCAUCCAUGCAUCUAUGGAUUCUGCCCGCUCCAAACAGCUUCUGUCCCAGUGGAAGAACAAGAAUGAAAGCCGGAAGUUGUCCCUGCAGGUGAUAGAGACAGAUUCUGGGCAGUCGCCACCUCGAGCAAUUGAAAUGAGGUCUAGCUCUGAGCCAUCCAGAGUUGGCGUUAAUGGCGAUCACCAUGGGCCUCCCAGUCAGUACCUGAAAAUCCAGCCUGGCAGUAUGCCAGGCUGCAAUAGCGUUGGCCUUUCUGGUGGGCCAAGAGUUUCUAUUCAGUCACGGCCGGGUUCUUCACAGCUUGUCCAUAUCCCCGAAGAGACGCAGGAGAAUGUGAACACGUCUCCCAAGACGAGCUCCGCCCGAGCUAAGUGGUUGAAAGCCGCCGAGAAGACUGUCGGGUGCAGAAGCAACAGCCAGCCAAGGAUCAUGCAGGUCAUCGCCAUGUCAAAGCAGCAAGGUGUCCUUCAGGGCAGCCCAAAGAGCUCCGACGGCAGCACUGUCACCUGCACCGGCUCCAUCCGAUACAAAACCUUGACAGAUCACGAGCCGAGCAGCAUUGUGCGAGUCGAGGCCCAUCCCGAAAACAACAGGCCCAUCAUUCAGAUGCCAUCAGAAGGAGAAGGAAGUGGCUCCUGGAAAUGGAAAGCUCCCGAGAAAGGAAGCCUUCGUCAGACGUAUGAGCUCAAUGAUCUCAACAGAGACUCGGAGAGCUGUGAAUCUUUGAAAGACAGUUAUGGAUCCGGGGACAGAAAAAGAAGUAACAUCGACAGUAUCGAGCACCACCAUCACGGGAUGACGACUAUCAGGGUCACGCCAGUGGAAGGCAGCGAGAUUGGCUCAGAGACCCUGUCUGUUUCCUCCAGCCGUGAUUCUACGCUUCGAAGGAAAGGUAAUAUCAUUUUGAUUCCUGAAAGAGGAAGCAGCCCAGAGAACACCAGGAACAUCUUCUACAAGGGAACAUCCCCCACAAGAGCUUACAAAGAAUGAGGCUCGGUGUUUCCGCCCAGCCAUGCCACUGACAAUCAACACCGUUUGGUACUAGCUUUGUGCUCUCUCUGUUUUUGAGCUGAUGCCGAAAUAUUCUUGAUGUGCCAAAAUAUCGACCAUCAGCCUGACCAUUUUUGGAUGUUGCUGAUGUGUAGUGAUUGUGCAUGAAUUUGUGGGUUUCAUGUUGCAGUGGAGGGGGAGGGGGAAGCACAAUGCAAGAACCUAUUGAACGGGAUGUUUCCUAACAGGUUUUCUUUCCCCCAGACUCAAAAUGUUUCUCCAGUGGGAACAAUGUUAACAAAAACAGCAAUCUUAAAUACAGACACCUUAUUUCCUGAAUGUGCCAACUUUUUGAUUUAUAUAUGUCUAAGGACAAUGGGCAAAAGGUGUACUAUCAGUGUUGUACUUCACCUUUGCGGGUUUUGCACCAAAAUUUAAUACAAGUCGGUGCUGAUUCUAACUUUACUUUUACUUUUACUUUUUUAGUAAACUUACAUACCUGUUCAUUGCUACAGACACAUGACGUUUUGAUGUGCAAUUCCUUUCCAAGUGAUACUGCUGAAAAUAUGAUGCUGGCUGCAUUCAUUUAGAGUAGAAAAAUAUCGACAGCUUUGUUAUAGUGGGUAUUUCACAUUAAAAGAUUGCAAAGGUU